UAGCGUUAAUUCAGCAAGCUAGCUAGCUUACUGGCUGUUGAUUUGUAUUUGAUUCCAAUGGACGAUUUAUUGUGGUUAGUGAGCGGUAGCUAGUUGGUUAAGGUUAAGAGGCCAAUAUGGCCAGUGUUUUUCUUCAACCAAAUGAAUUGGAUGCAUCACCGAUAAGGGAGAAGCUCGACGAGUCCACUUCCAGUUCGGACGCCGCUGAUGUUUUAAUUCGCUCCACUAGCACUGGAUUUCCACACCAGAACUCCGCAGAAAAGCGGAAUAUUAGUGCAAGUGUAAUCAGACCGAGUUGUAACGGCAGGGCGAAGAUUUGUGUGAAGAGACUGCAUGAUUUUGCACCCCUCUCCGCUAUGGGAACAGCAGCAGCAACUGACGUUUAUGUACCCCCAGUGCUGCCAGCAAACAAGCCGCCAGCCUCCCCCACGAGUGCGUGGAGGGCAGCUUCAAGGGAAAGUUUCAAACACCGACAAAAAGAAGCUGCUUUUCCACAGUAGCCCGCCAGAGGGCAGUAGACACAAAGGACAGGACUUGUUGAUUUCCCAUUAUGCUGGUGGAAAAAAAGAGGCCAUGUGGGCGAUCUUAAAUCAGAGGUCCCACAGUGCCCCUCAGAGGCGAGAAGUGAAGGUACAGUUGCUGAACCAGGCCCCCAUCCCGCCCGCAGUGGUCCACGACCCCACCCCUCAUCUGAGGGACCAGGGAGCCAACACCGCUGCAGCAGCCAUCACAGCCGCUGCCCUUGCUGCCACUGCACCACUCCUCAAGGUGCAGAGCGACCCGGAUGCAAGACUCUCCUGUGUGUUAGAGGAGCUGCGGCAGCUCCAGGGGGGUGCCUUGCAGCCCGACUGGGUGCAGGAGGAGCGGAGCAGCGUGUCUGCGGAGCGGGUGGCUCGGCUAGAGGAGCAGCUACACACCGUGACCCAGCAGAGACUGCAGCACCUGGAGAGGAUCCAGGAGCAACAGCUGGAGCUGCAGAACUGUCUCUUGGGCUCCGCUCUUGAUGCAGUAAUUGCACGCGCCCCUGGAGCCACUGGCUACGACCCCAUGCUGCCCUGCCCAUCGCAGGUACCCACUCUGCGUCGGCACAGUGAGGGGCACCUCAGAACUCAGAUCCCCUGCACCUCCAACACAGCAGCAGCCUGUCAGAACCAGCAAGCACACAGGAAGAGCCCCAUGGAGACCCCUGCACCCCGCAGGUUUAUCCCCAUGCCCAUGUCCCAGGAAGCCAGGUCCAAAAGCAUCAAGAAACCCCCUCCCCCAGGGCCACAAGGGACAUCCCGCCUGAAACAAGGAAACGGCAGGCUUCUAGAAGAAAUCCUUAACAACCCCAAAUCUCCAGGGAGUAGAAGGCAGGCCGCAGGGGGACAGAAGGUUGCCAUAGCAACAGCCGCCUGCCAACCAGAGCUGUCCAGCAUCAGCCAGCCACAACCAGAGGUCCCUUCCUUUGCUUCCUCUUCAACCAGAGCUCCAAAGCCCAGGUCAGUGAUGGAGGACCUCAACGCCCAGGAGGGAUCAGCUUGCCCACGGCAGGAUGCAACUAUGAGGCCCAGCCUGGCUGUGACGAAGGCUACCGACAUGCUGCAUGACCUUGGCCGGCUCAAAGUAGAGAUGCAAGCCCUGCUGCUGGAGGGGAGACAAUGGCCAGCCCACCUGGAGACCCAGUCCAAGGCAGCCCCAGCUCUCUCUGGACGUGUCCAGCCUUCUGAUGGAUUUCCUGUCGAGGGCAGAGAGCCAGCUAAGAGCAGCAGCAGCAGCCCAGUCAUCAGUGCCCCGCCCCCUCCUCCUUGCAUCUCCAUGUCUGAAAAGUGUGGUACUAGUGUCCAGCUCAGGCCACUCCCCCUUCCCGCAAUGACCCAGCCAACCUCACUGCAGAAAAGCCAGGCCCCGUCGUCCCUGUUUGAGGAUGCUGGGAAUGUCCUCCGACAAGUCCGGCGCCACAAGAGGGUCCUGGAGGAGAAUUUGGAGGCAAUCCUGAGAGCAAAGGAUGGGGAGACCCUGCACUCCCAGCUGGAGGCGCUGUCCUGCAACAGGGAUGUCAUGGAGCAGUUGAGGAUUAAGAAGACUGUGGAUGCCUGGAUCAGCACACUCACCAAGGAAAUUCAGGCUGAAAUGGCAAGGGAAGAUUUCCUCGCACAAAAGAAGAGGGACAAAGAAGGCACCAUUAUUGCACUGCAGAAGGAUGGGGAGAUCAAGGCCGAGGGACGGCACAAAGAGGCGAAAGGCAUGACUCAAAGCAGGCCCAGAGUAGUGGAAAGAAUGCCCUUUCAGAGAGUGGCCCAAGGACACACAGAGAACGUGGGGGAGCUGCACAAAGAGCCCUCCCCCUUUCUGAAAAGGAGGGGUCCCUGUCAGACGAGAGUGUUUGGAGUGCAAAAGACUGAUAAGGAGGAUGAGGAGUACUUGAUGAAGGUGUAUGGGAAGGAGCUCUACGACGGCCAUCGGAGAACACUGAAGAAAGGCCCCUAUCUGCGCUUCAGCUCCCUUGCCACGAAGUCCAAAGCCCAGCGACCCAGGGUGGUGGAAAGUGUGAAAGGGGUCAAGGUGAAAUCGGCCAAAACACAGACCUGCCUCUUACCAGAGCAGGCUCAAAGGGUUGCCACUGAACCUCAAUACAUCUUCAGUCCUACCAGAGGGGGACAGUACAACCCUGAGACACCUCCAUCUCCACUGGAGGGUGUUCUCUUCCCUAUGGCAAUCCCACUUGGCCAGCCCAGAGUGGAUGGACGUGCCCCCCGGCCAUCCUGUGUCAUCAUCAGUCACCAGCCUGUGACCGUGAUCACCUCCAUCCCCCCCGCUCAACCAAAAGUGGCCCCUGCUGCCCGCAAGCCCAACACGGCAGCAGUGGAACGUCAAUCCCAGAAGAAGGCCCCACUCCAGCUACAGGUUCAGGUCCUCUCAGGCAUGGACAAUGAUAGUGUCUCAAAUGCAAGUCUUGUGCCCUCUCCUCCCUUACCCCAAAACAUUCAGACAAUGGAGCAAUCACAAGAGGAAGAAGAGAAUGUCUUCCCUGGAACUGAUUACCUGGCUGUCUCUACUAUAACUCAGGAGCCGGAGGAAGAGGAGCUUCCAGACACACCCAUCGUGUUAAAUGGCUCUGCCAAACCUCCAGCCACAUUGUACCAUGGCCCAGCGUUCCCGCCCCAGCCCGCCGGCCUGCUACCAGGACCCAAGCCCAUCCUGACCUCUAUCCAGCACAGAGAGGCCCUGGAGAACCGGUUGGUGGACUGGGUGGAGCAGCAGCUGAUGGCUAGGGUGAUCACAGAGAUGUACCCCCUACAUGCCCAGGUGGAGUGUCCCAGCCAGUCGGAGCCUGAGGACAGCUGCAUUUCUACUUCUGACAUAGUGGAGGCUGCCAGGGGUAAGGGCCUGCAGAUGUUUGUGGACGCUGGCUUGGCUGUGGACUCGGACCUGAUCCGCUGCUACGUGAACGAUGCCCUGGAGGAGACUGUGGCCUUCAUGCUGGGCCAGAGAGAGGGACAGAGAGGCCCCGUCACCAUCUCCCCCGCCCCCCUUCAGGACAUUCCAGUCGCAGCGGAGACGAAGGUGCCCACCCCUGUACCGACACCCUGGCCCAGCCCCAGAGGGAGCCCCCUGCCCGUGGCCAGAGUAUCACCUCCCCCUGGCACCCCGGAGCUGUCAGAGCAGGGGUCCAACCUCGAGUCCCCAAGGCCGGCAGUCCCAGCCAAACCCCAGGACCCAGGGCCCCCAGAGCCAGAGCAGAGCCCAGUGGCCACACCCCCUGUUACUCCCAUCCCCGCUCCACCCUGGGUGACCAUGCCCAUAGCUCCUCCCACCAACCAGAGCAUAGAGUCUGCCAAGCACCACAGCAACCCCUGGGGAGAUGCAGAGCUCCCUCUGGAGGAGGAGGACCCACACUGCGAAAGCACAGAGCUGGCACAGUAUUAUAGACCAGUGGUGAUGUCUGUGGCCAAGGAGGAGGAGCCUGUCAGCCUGAUAUCCCCUGCCCCACCUGUUCCGCCUGAACCUACAGGCCCACCCUUACGCUCACCAGCCCCACCUCCUUUGCAUGAGACACCCCCUCCUCCUCCCUCCUCCUCCACUGAGGACAGCAGCUUAUGCCUGUCCAUCACCGGGACGGAUGCAGCUGGCAGACACAUCUCUGAGGGGGAGCUGCUGCUCAGCUCUGGCGCAAUGGCAGCAGCUAUAGUUCUGACCGAAGAAGGACUUUCUGCGCCUGCCUUCAACACCAGUCUCAGCAGCUCUCUACAUGGAGUCCUGGACAUAGACUAUGACCCCCCCAGUGAGGGCCAAGUGGUGAGGAGGCCCCAUGUCCUGUCCCACCGCAACCCCAUCCUCUCCCUACUUGCCAAGAUGGAUGAGGGACUGAUGGCCGCGCAGACGGUCCCCUGUCACUCUGGGGUAUCCUGGGAUGAGGACCACAGCUCAGGGGAGGUCAGUGAGGGACAGAGGCCUGGACUGACUGCCACAGGGGAGUGCCUGCUGACCGGCCACUCCAUCCUCCUGGACCCAACCGCUGUCAGUCAUCCAGGCAGGGCAACAUUGCUUGAACAGAGACACCUCUCGUUCCCAGGUCAGCUGACCCUACCACCAGGUAUGACAGUGGGUGGCUCCCAGGACAGUCCCCAGCCACUCAGCAUCCUGGAUCUGGAGGUGUGGCCACCAGCAUUUCCACAUGCACAGCCAAUCACAACAUGGCCGUCUGAGCCUGAGCCUGUGCCUACCGACCAGGACAGCGAGGGACAGGCCCCUGCCCAUGGACUUGCACCAAUCCUGGUGAGACAGUACCAGGAGGGACUAGGAGAUACAGAAGAGCCAGGUUCCCACUUCAAUGGAGGCCAUCUCUCUAUCACUACAAAUGGUUUCUUCCAGGAUGAGGACCCAGGUGUGCCUUCCACCUCGACCUCCACAGCUCCAGGUGGCCCCAGGACGAUGUUAGUGACUCUGCCGUCAGCCAGUGUCAGUGCAGCAGGGAUGGACUCCUCCGAGAGUGAUGUGUUUUAGUGGCCGCCUGAGGGCCCACCUACACAGGAGCCAGGCCACACAGGAGCAGCAGUAUGAAAUACUCACCACUGCAGUUAGGAGCUUCCAGCUACAACUGUCAACAGAGAAUGGAUUUACACUUCAAAUCUUUUGUUUGUUUGUAUGAGUUUUUACCAAUAAAGUUCGACGA